AUGUCAGAAACAAAGAUUAAUGCAGAUGAUGAGCUGAUUAAGUUCUUCCAACAUGUUGGCGACUGUGCCUCAAUGCACAAGAAUCACAAGUAUGCCAACAACCUCACAGCUGCUUGUGUUAAGGCCACCUUCUGUCCAGUCGAGUCGGACAACGUCACCGAUUGCUAUAGACUAAAGGAUGGUUCUCCACAGAAAUGUUUCGUAGAGGAGGCAAGACUUUCACAUUGCCUACAGAAGCUCAUCAGCAACCCAUCAUCACUGACUGAGUCAGCAUCGAUCAAACUUGCAUACUUCAACGCAGCCACCAAUAAUAAAUCAAAGACGAAC